CGGGGUCACCGCCCGGCAGAAUCGCCCACCGCCUGGCAGAAUAAUCAUUAGCACCUUUUUUUUUUACUCUACACCGGCCUCCAGUCAAGGAUGACCUGCGAAAUACUCCGACUUGUCAUUGUCGCCCCGGAUUUACCCCCUAGUCGCGGCGCAACAAGAUGUCGCGAAAAGCUGUGGACUCCCGCAUUCCCGCCCUGAUCCGAAAUGGCCUUUCCGAACACAAGCGAAGCUUCUUCGUCGUCGUCGGCGACCGGUCCAAAGAUGUCAUCGUCAAGCUGCAUUUCAUAAUGUCCAGUAUGGACCUGCGCCAAAACAAGUCCGUUCUCUGGGCCUACAAGAAUAAGCUGCUCGGCUUCACCAGUCACCGAAAGAAACGCGAGGCGAAGAUUAAGAAGGAGAUCAAGCGCGGUAUUAGGGAGGCGAAUUCCGAAGACCCUUUCGAGCUCUUCGUUUCGCUCCACGACGUCCGAUAUGUCUACUACAAGGAGACCGACAAAAUUUUGGGAAGGACGUUCGGCAUGUGUAUCCUACAAGACUUCGAAGCUCUCACCCCGAACACCCUGGCGCGCACUAUCGAGACCGUUGAAGGGGGAGGCUUGGUGGUACUUUUGUUAAAGGGGAUGGACAGCUUGAGGCAGCUUUAUACGCUUUCGAUGGAUGUACAUUCGCGGUACCGAACCGAAGCGCACCGCGAUGUCGUUGCGAGAUUCAAUGAGCGCUUUCUCCUGUCUCUGGGCCGGUGCGAGUCCUGUCUUGUCGUCGACGAUGAAUUGAACGUGUUGCCGAUAUCUGGGGGCAGAGAGGUCAAGCCCCUACCUCCCAAAGAGGAGGCAAAGUCAGCCUCUGAGGUCGAAUUGGAGAAGAUCAAGGAGUCGCUGAGGGAUACCCAACCCAUAGGCUCUCUAGUCCAGCUCGCGCGGACAAAAGACCAAGCCGAUGCUCUGAUCACCUUUGUUGACGCUAUUGCCGCCAAGACGCUACGAAACACUGUCUCGUUAACAGCCGCGCGUGGUCGUGGUAAAUCGGCAGCUUUGGGCGUCGCCAUCGCUGCAGCGGUAUCUUACGGCUACAGCAACAUCUUCGUCACGUCCCCUUCCCCGGAAAACCUCGGUACAUUGUUCGAAUUCGUCUUCAAGGGGUUCGAUGCCUUGAACUAUCAAGACCACACGGACUACUCCAUCAUCCAAUCUACCAACCCAGACUUUAAGAAGGCAAUUGUCAGGGUGAAUAUUUUUAGAAACCACCGCCAGACCAUUCAGUACAUUCGGCCCCAGGAUGCCCAUGUCUUGGGGCAAGCGGAGCUGGUUAUUAUCGACGAGGCGGCCGCUAUUCCGUUACCGCUCGUGCGGAAGCUCCUGGGCCCCUACACAGUCUUCAUGUCCUCCACCAUUAGUGGCUACGAAGGGACAGGCCGAUCGCUAUCUUUGAAAUUGAUAAAACAGCUCAAGGAGCAGGCCGCCACCACCGUGUCCCAAGAGGGCGAGACACGGGGUUCGCGAUCGCUUAAAGAAGCUACUCUCGAAGAGCCGAUACGUUACGCGAGAGGCGAUGCCGUCGAGAAGUGGCUCAACUCGCUUCUUUGCCUCGACGUCACCCCCUCGAAGCCCAAGGACAACAUAUUCCCGGACCCCACACAGUGUCAGCUCUUGCAUGUCAACCGUGAUACCCUCUUCUCUUUCCACCCAGUGCCAGAGAGGUUUCUGCGACAGAUGGUCGCCCUUUUUGUGACGAGCCACUACAAGAAUUCUCCGGAUGAUAUUCAGCUGAUGAGUGAUGCCCCUGCACACGAGCUUUUUGUUCUGACCUCGUCCACAAUUCCAGAAAACGGGCUUCCCGAGCCCUUGUGCGUCAUUCAAAUCGCGCUCGAAGGCAGUAUCAGCAAGCAGAGUGUGAUGGCUAGCUUAGAUAGGGGCCAGCGACCUACCGGCGACCUGAUCCCUUGGUUGGUCAGUCAGCAGUUCCAGGAUGAUUUCGCUUCUCUUUCUGGCGCCCGUAUCGUUCGGAUAGCGACCCAUCCCGAUUGCGUCUCGAUGGGCUACGGAACGAAAGCGCUGGAGCUUCUCAUAGAUUACUACGAAGGCAAAUUUAUUAGUCUAGAAGAGGGCGGCAACGCCGCCACGACGAUGACCGCUGGUACCAAGUCAACUGACGUGCUAGACACAGCUAACGGAGGCCUUCUUAACGAAAACAUCCAAGUGCGAGAUAUUGAGAAGAUGGAACCCUUGUUCUCCAGGCUCGCGGAGCGCAAACCAGAGAACCUAGAGUAUAUGGGCGUCAGUUACGGUCUCACUCAGCCUCUCCAUAAAUUUUGGGCCCGUGCUGUCUUCGUGCCAGUCUACUUGAGACAAACGGCCAACGAUUUAACCGGCGAACAUACCUGUGUCAUGCUCAGGCCCCUCAACGAUGACCGAGAGUGGCUUGGAGCAUUCGCUAGCGAUUUUCACCGCCGUUUCCUUGCCCUGCUCUCGUACAAGUUCCGCGAAUUCCCAUGCGUUCUUGCAUUGAGUAUAGAUCAAUCUGCCACGGCGGGUGCCCAGUUGGAUCCGUCCAAUCAGCUUCCAGAGUUGACAAAACCGGAGUUAGACAGGCUUUUCACCCCUUUUGACUGUAAAAGAUUGGAGUCUUAUUCCAGGGGUGUGCUGGACCAUCAUGCCAUCCUUGAUCUUGUUCCUAAAUUGGCUGAAGUCUACUUCACGGGCCCCCUGAAGCCAAGCAUCAAGCUUACCGGCGUACAACGAGCGCUUCUGCUAGGUAUUGGCUUACAACGCAAAGAUGUGGGUGCCAUCUGUACCGAGCUUACCCUCCAGACAUCACAAGGUUUGGCCAUGUUCAUGAAGAUUAUUCGGAAAAUCACGGCACAUUUCUCGUCGCUCAUAGCCUCAGCUGUCGAAGUUAAUAUGCCGAGAGUAGACGCCAUCGGUGUCAGUAGGGAAAAUGCGUCUGGAUUGCAUGAGGACGAGGCGGUCAAUGAGAAAUACGAACCACUAGAGACCCGCUUGGAGGACGAGUUAAACGAGGUCGGGGAUGAGGCGAUGCGGGAACUCCGUGCCAAGCAGAGGGAGCUUAUCGACUCUCUCCCUCUCGACCAGUACGAAAUCGAGGGAGAUGCGCCCGGCUGGGAAGAAGCUGAGCAGCAAGUCCUCAGGGCAACCAAACAGGGUCGAUCCAACCCCGUCGUUAGUGUCAAGGCGAAGCAGACAAAGCGGAAAGCCGGGAUGACGGCAGCAGAGGUUUAUGAGGAGGCGUUCGGCGACGACAAGCCUAAGCGAUCUAAGAAGUCAAAAAGAGGUACUGAUCAUUAGGGCUCAAGAAACUACAUGUAACAUAAGGACGAUGAAGUUUGGGGGGUUUUGGCGUACUGGAAAAAGCACAAGAGUUUGUGUGUAUGCAUUCCAAGGUUAUUGCAUAUAGUGAUACCACGUCGGGCACUUAGACCCACGAAGUCAUUCUUGAGCCUUGUCCGUUCAUGGAAACGUGCUUCGCUGUUCUGGCGAUUGAUGUGUGCGGGAUCAGCAGGUAGCCCCGGAAAUACCAUACUGGCAAGCGAAGACGACCAAGUUGACUGUCUGGGUCGAAAGGAGGUAUACUUGUGCAAUUAGCGUAGUUCCUUGGUCGCCGAUAACCUUCGAAUAUGUCCUGUAGGGCAGGUUGAAGUCUUGAUCUCGAUCUGUAACACUUUCCC